UCUUUGGAGUUGGCGGCGGAAGCGACAACAGCGGCGCGAGUUGAGCCCGGUGCCCCCGCGCUCCAGCUCGAACCCCCAGCCCCGGGUCCCCAGCUCCGCUCCACCCCGGCCCGGUCUCCACCCCAGCCCUGCCGCCCGGCCCUAGACCCGGCCGCGGCCGCUCCCGCCUGGAGCCGCCGCGAGCCCCCAGUCCCCCGGCACCCCCUCGGCCUCUCGCCUUCCUCUUCCCGGCGCGGCCUCCCGGUUUCCGCGCGCCGCCCUCCACCAACCCGCUUGCCACCAUGUCUGUGGAGCUCGAGGAGGCCCUACCACUGACGACCGCCGAGCGGGCGGCCAAGAAGGCGACCAGAGCUAGCAACUCCGCGGCGCUGUCUCCGUCCAAGAAGAGAAAGAACAAGAAGAAGAAUCAGCCGGGCAAGUACAGUCAGCUGGUGGUGGAGACCAUCCGCAGACUAGGAGAGCGCAACGGCUCGUCGCUGGCCAAGAUUUACACGGAGGCCAAGAAGGUGCCGUGGUUCGACCAGCAGAACGGGCGCACCUACCUCAAGUAUUCCAUCAAGGCUCUGGUGCAGAAUGACACACUCCUGCAGGUGAAAGGUACUGGAGCCAACGGCUCCUUCAAGCUCAACCGCAAGAAGCUGGAGGGCGGCGGGGAGCGGCGCGGAGCCCCCGCGGCUGCCACCGCCCUGGCUCCAACGGCACACAAAGCCAAGAAGGCGGCCCCGGGUGCGGCUGGUCCCCGGCGCGCGGACAAGAAGCCCGCCAGGGGCCAGAAGCCGGAGAAGCGCUCGCACAAGAAGGGUGGUGCCUCCAAGAAGGACAAAGGCAGCAAGGCCAAGAAGGCGGCGGCCGCUGGAGGCAAGAAGGUGAAGAAGGCGGCCAAGCCCAGCGUCCCCAAAGUGCCCAAGGGCCGCAAGUGAGCGCGCCGGCCCAGUCAGAUCGCCCAGCGGGGCCCCCAUGGCCUUUUCGGUGUUCAGUUUUUCUACCCCAAGUGUACGUAGGUUUUGUACGGCUUCCCCGGGCCCGGGCCGCCGCGCCUGCUCUGAGCCGCAGGGAGGGGCCCACCGGUCUCCGCCAUCCCUUUUUCCUUCCCCUCCCCCAACGAUGUAGCGUUUUUCGUUGUUUGCUUUAGAUUUUUGAAACAGCCCUGGCGACGCCCCUAUUGGCUCUCGUCCUUGGCAACGGCUGUCGUCAUGGUUACCGGCCCCUGGGCGCCAAUGGCCGAGGCAGUGUCUGCCCACCCGGGCCCAGGCACCGGGUGGUCGGUGGCCGCGCAUCCCUUUCUGAUUCCCCACUCUCCGCUUUUGGGUGCGCGACAAUCGCUCCGAGCUCAGGGCUGGCGGCGCUUCCCUUCAUUCCAUUGGCUUUUUUUUUUUUUUUUU